AUGGCCAGCGAGAAGCUGUGGUGGCUGUGGGCGAGCCGCGGCGCAGCGACCGACGCGAGCCCGAUAGACCCGACGACGGAGUACACCUUCGGCUGGAACGACUCGGUGGUGCGCGAGGCCCUCAACGCCAGCGGCAACGCCAGUUGGCCCGGACCCGCCGAGCCCGACCACUCGGACGGCUACGAGCUCGCCAUCGCCAUCGUCACGGGCACCGUCCUCGUCUUCCUCAUCAUUGCUACUAUUGUCGGCAACAUCUUCGUGAUAGCGGCCAUACUGUCGGAACGCGCCCUGCAGAGCGUCUCCAACUACCUGAUCCUCUCGCUGGCCGUCGCCGAUCUCCUGGUGGCCUGCCUCGUCAUGCCUCUGGGAGCCGUGUACAAGGUCGCCCACAAAUGGACUCUCGGGCCGGAGUUGUGCGACAUGUGGACCAGCAGCGACGUGCUGUGCUGUACGGCUUCGAUCCUCCACUUGGUGGCCAUCGCGCUCGACAGGUACUGGGCGGUCACGAACAUUGAUUACAUCCACCACCGGACGGCCAGGCGGAUAGGAAUGAUGAUAGCCGUCGUGUGGCUUGUCUCCCUCCUCGUGUGCAUUGCCCCGCUACUCGGCUGGAAGGACCCAGACUGGGAGGACCGAGUCCUCGUGGAGCAGGACUGCAUCGUCAGCCAGGACAUCUACUACCAGGUAUUCGCUACGGUGUCGUCGUUCUACCUGCCGUUUCUCGUCAUCAUCAUCCUCUACUGGCGGAUAUUUCAAACUGCCCGCAAACGCAUCCGAAAAAGAGUGGGCCAGCCUGCCAAUACCCAAGCGACGAGACCGAUGGGCGGUCCGCCGAAACAGAUGGGCAGCAGUCACGCGGUGGGAGGCGCGCUAGCCCAGGCCCAGGUAAGCGGUGGCAUAGCCGCGGCCGUCGUCGCCGUGAUCGGCCGGCCCCUGCCCACCAUAUCCGAGACCACAACGACGGCGUUCACGAAUGUAAGCUCGACCAACACGUCGCCGGAGAAGACGUCGUUCCACAACGGGCUGGAACCCGAGCCGUCGACUAUGGAGACGUCGCCGAGGCCGAUAACGACGCGGCGGAAAAAAAUCGCCGCCGACUCGAAGCGCGAGCGCAAGGCCGCCAAAACGUUGGUCAUCAUAACCGGUGCCUUUGUCGUAUGUUGGCUGCCCUUUUUCGUCAUCGCCGUCGUACUACCGGUUUACAAAGUCAACGACUACUUGGUGGCCUUCUUCCAAUGGCUUGGGUACUUCAACUCGACGUUGAAUCCAGUGAUUUACACGGUAUUUUCGCCGGAAUUUCGAAACGCCUUCAAAAAGCUGCUGUGCAGGCACCGGCGGGCCGUUAACCGCAGACGAGGCCUUCGCCAUCACAUGUAGGAAUGGGUCUAAGCCCGGCAGCUGCUUCUGUCACAAAAUUAUCGUCCCUUUUGUGUACCAUGUAUCGUAUCAGCCCCUGUUUCCCACAACCUUACGUAUCCAACUCGUGUAUACAUAUACAUACUGCGGUCAAGUACCUACAUUUUUUUUUUCUUGGCAAUAUACCGCCUUGCAUCGCAUGUCCGAAUGGCGACACGAGGUUUUUUCAUGCACGCGACUUACUUAUCAGCUAUGUGCUCCCAAAAGCUAAAGAUAAACAAAACCAAGGGGAAUCAUAGACUCAACAUUUGUACGCGUCUAGUUUGUUUUACCAGCAAAUAAGUCAAAAAGGAGAAGAGGGAAAGGAUUGUUGUUGUUUUUUUUCUUUUUUUUCUCAUUCCAGAUUCCUUUUACUCGACUCGCAACCUUUACUUUGUGUAAGUAUACGAGGAAAGCGCGGUGGGGUUACUAUACAAUAUACGCCGUUCUUUUGGCUCAUCUCUCUCAUCGCUCGCUCGGUGCCUCAAACGCCUUUGCAUGGGCGCUUUUUACUCGUCCCAAAGAGAAAUGGGUACUUGCGCGUCGUGAUUCGGA